AUGAAGGAGCUGCAGCGACUCUGUGAGCAGCUGGGAGAAGAUCUUGUGGGGGCAGUGCUUCAGGAAGCUGCUGUUCCCGAUGUGAACGCGCUCUCGUUUCUCGAGGAAAUCGCAGCGGCGAAAGCUGCGGAGUCGGCUAUAACGUGUAGCAGGCCUGCAAAAGAAACGUAUAGAGCAGUGCUUUCGCUCGGGCCUGCGCGAAAGAUGGUUAAGGAAAAGGACAAAGGUUCUGGAGUCGGCAUACUAGAACGUACCGCUCCCCAAACGACAAUUUUACAACCGGCAAGAAGCAUCGUUUCUGGACGUCUUGAGGUGCCUCCCUGGCGUCCUUCCGGUCACUCCUGCGCGUUCAUACCUGAACCGCCAGUUGCGGCUACUGCGAAUAGAGAGGGAGGUGAGGAGUCGCGCUUUCCAGGUCAGAAUGCGGACUUGAUUCCGAGCCAGUUGUGGUUUGAAGUCGGCACUGCGCGGUGCAAUGGAGCCAGCCAGACUCGCGCCCUGUCGGGUUUAUGGAAUCGUAAUGCGUUUCGCGCUCAUUCUAAUUCAGUUUUAGCAGAAAAUUCUGACGCCAUGCUACAUGGAACCACAGGAGCGGCCGCCCGAGCCAACAAACUUCGCGACAUGCAUGACUGCUUUGCGCUCGCAAGUCGGUGUGCUCGUACAGCUGCUGCCAUCGGCGGACCUACAGCAGCUCAGAGAAAAUAUCUCGAAGCAAUGCACGGAUUUGUAGAACAUGCGAGAGCGAUUGAAAACGAACUUGUGGAGCUUACGCUGCUUGAGCCCCUCGAUGAGGAUUUGGAUCUCCACGGUAUGACUAUGCGGGCUGCAGAAAUGAUUCUUGAGAGGAGAAUUCGAGCCGCUCAUCAAUGGAUUCUGGAUCACGGAGGCGAAUCACUUCAAUUUCGCGUCAUCGUUGGCCGUGGUUGCCACAACCGUACUCGGAAGGCUCGACUUGCUCAGGUCGUCAAUGAGCGGAUGGCAAUGCUCGGCAUUUGUGGUCGUCGCGAGGCUCACGGUGGUGCAUUUUAUGUCUCCUUGCCUUGUUGCGAGGCGCAUUUUCCCAGUCGAUCGUUCUCGCGUGCCCGUACUUGCACGAAGCGAUAA